AUGCAAGCAGCAGCGAAUGGAUCCGUGACACGUGUACCAAUAGACGUGGUCCUCGUGGCUGCAGGAGGUUCUUUCGCCCCAGCUCGGGCGCCUGUAGCGGAUGUGAUUGCACUGAGCGACGACAGUGACAAUGAUGGUGACGCUAGGCCACGGAGGCUGCGGAGGAGCGGCAGAGACGCGAGGGGGAGAAGAAGGGGUCAUGCAGCUAGCAAGGCAUUCGCUGCUGCGUGCAGCAGUGCUGCUCUUAUCGUGUUGGACGAUGAUGAGGAGGAGGAGGAGGACGAGGAGAGGGAGAGGGAGAAGGAGAGGGAGAAGGAGAAGGAGAGGGAGAGGGAGAAGGAGAAGGAGAGGGAGAGGGAGAGAGAGAAGGAGAGGGAGAAGGAGAGGGAGAGGGUGAGGGAGAAGGAGAAGGAGAGGGAGAAAGAGGAAAAGGAGAAGGAGGAGAAGGAGAAGAAGGAGAAGGAAAACCAGGAGAAGACUGAGAAGGAGAAGGCAGAAAAGAGAGCAGCUGAUGCGGUGACAAGCGUUGCAAAGGGGGGCAUUGUGAAGCAGAGCGGUACUAUAGUGGUUGACCGCCAUGCAGCAGCGUGUGGGGACGCAGAGGCAGGGAAGAAGAGGGGCGAUGAAGAGGAGGCGUGGGAUGGGUGGGGGAAAGGGAGUGAGGAUGGCGUGGCAGGUGACGCGGACGACCCUCAGCUGGAGCUGUAUCGAAGGGAAUUGAGCCGUUUCAAGGAGCAGCAGGCGGAGCUGGCUCGAAUGAGGGAGCAGCUAUCAGACAGGGGGCUGAGGCAAGACGUGAUGUCAGCAUGCCCCGUGCCUUCACCAGAGCCACAGCCGAAUAGGCCAAGUGUAGCAGCAGCACCAACACCAGCAGCAGCAGCAGCAGCAGCAGCAGCUAGGGCAGCUACCCCUGCGAGUUACAGGAUCGCAAUGAAGCAAAGAACAGCAGCAGCAGCCGCCGCUGCUAGGGAAGCCACUCCCGCCAGUUACAGGACCCCAGUGCAGCAAAGAGCAGGAUUCGCUGUUGCCAGUGGUGCUGCUGCAGGGAAUGCAAGUGCCAGUGCUGGGCAUAUGGGAGGUGGGCACGUGAACGGGGGGCAUGGGGCAGGAGGGGGAGAAGCAGCGGAACAUGGGGAGGAGGGGGGAGGCGAGCGGAUUCGGCUGCGGGUGACUGGGAGCCUGGGAGAGCACAUGUUUCGACUGGCCAAGGGCGACAAGCUGGAGAAGCUGUUCACUGCAUAUGCCAACAAGGUGGGGGGGGCGCCAGUGGGCUCGUUCAAGUUUGUCUUUGAUGGCGAUGCGCUAAAGGGCGAUUCAACACCGGCAGACCUGGACCUAGAGGAUGAGGACCAGAUAGAAGCUGUGCGGAAAUAA